UGAGGGAAAUAGGCUAUAAGAAUAAUUUCAAAUGAAAUACUAUGACUAACAAACUAGAGUGAGAAAACAUAAAAGAUGAAAACCUGAAUAAAAAUAAUGAAUAACAGAUCCAGGACUGGUAGAACGAAAAUGUGAAUAAAUGAACAACGAACAAAUAGAGUGACGACUCAACAAGGCGAAUGAAGAAAGAGACAGACUCAAGAAAGAGAAUGGGUGUUUUUUUUGGGGGGUUGGGGAUGAGUGUUGUUCCCAGUUUUGACAGAGAAGUGAAGAGAAGUACCAUUUCCAGCCCAAAGAGAAGAUAGAUGAAACAAAGUGCACACUGCCCUUCCAAAAUGUUGUACUCAUGAAGUAGAGAAAAAAAACGAUGUAUACUGCGUAUAACAAGAAAAGUACUCCACUCCGAGUGGCAUUCUAGUCGAGAGUACCCUGAGAAAACAAAUCCACGUAAAAUCCUGAUUACGAUUAAUUAACGGCUUGUGGCAGUGCAAUUGUGCGAUCCAUAUAAGCAGAGGAGGAGCACGGUUUUGCUUAACGCGAGAUUAUUAGCUGCUAAUUCGAUUCCAUCCGAGCAUGGACCUCCGCUGGUCCGUCGAGGUCAAGGGCGGCGAGACCCUGAGAUCAGCGCCCGUGCUGAACGGCCGCCGCGGCGUCGUCACCUACGUGUCCCUCGUCCACACGCCGCCGAGCGCAGUUGGCGGCCAGCGCGUCGUCGUGGAAGCCUACGUCAAGACUAUCGACGGCACCCUCGAGCUGGCGUCGCUGUCGUCCGAGAGGCCGCACGCGGAGCUGCCGCGCCCGGUGCUGGUGAUGGGCCUCGAUCUCUUUUGCUCUCGCGUGAGGCGGCAGGGCGGCGACCCCGCGGAUGGUGAUGUGGCGGUCGCCGUUCGGUUUGAGGGUCGUUGCUUCAACGACGGUUACGUUCUUCCUCCGCCGUCGCCGCUGCCGUUGGAGGACGAAGAGGAUCAUAUGCUGUGGUCGUCGGAGGAUGACGACGAUGACAACAGCGGGGCAGAGGACGACGAGUCGGUGGGUUCGGAUUCGGAAGACUACGACGACGAUGACAGCAGCGGCGAGGAGGAGGAGGAGAGCGACGACGAGGUUGACGGACAAGCGGGCAUGGAGAGCAGCGCCGACAACGACGUGCUGCUACAGAUGGUACACCCCAGCAAGUUCGUCCUCGAGGGAGGUUCUGCGCCGCGGUUCGCCGCCGCCGGGAAGACGGCCGGCUUCAUGCAGGUCACCGCCACGGAGAGGCAAUACGAAGCAGACCCCAUGCAGAUACUCGUGCUCUUCCGCUACACCCGCUUCUCGCCAUCAUCGUGCGGCGUGGAAGCGCGCAGGAGCACGAAGGAGCACCAGCUCCGGUUCAUAGCCACCGGCGACCACACGGCGAGGUCGCUGGCUUGGACCGGAUCGUCGCUGGGCCUGCUGAUAUACCCCCAUGGCUUCAGGAAGAAGCUCCAGGAGCUAUGGUCCAGCUUGGCGUCGAAGGUGAGCGUCCCGCCGGGAGCAAGACGCGUCGAGGUGUUCGUCGACGUUGGCCUCCUCCGGCGGGCGGAGUACACGCUAGCGAGCAUGCGGCACAUGUGCGCCGCGCUGGAGGGCAUGGUGGCGAAGCCGUGGCCCGGGCGCUUCACCGGGAUGGAGCUGUACUUGCCGGAGCCGGUACGGUGCGGCAGGGACGCCGACGAGCGGCCGACAAAGCAGAGGAAGGUCGAUGCAGCCGGGCAGGAGUGCUGCAUGGACGUCGGUGAACAGCCAGCGAAGCGAAGGAGGGCUGUCGCCGCCGGGGAGGAUUGCCCCGUCUGCUGGCAGCUGCUGGAGGGCGACGACCUCGCCGCGUGGCCGGGCUGCGGCAAGCCCCACGUCUUCCAUGGCGCGUGCCUCGAGCAAGUCCUCAAGAUGAGCGAGACGUGCCCGCUCUGCAGGCGCAACCUGUACUUUGAGCGGUUGAGCCCAAGAUGA